CGGCCUCCACGCCUCAACCACAAAAAGUCCCGCGCUGGUUGUCAGCGAUGUAAGGCCCGUCGAGUCAAGUGUGAUGAGGUGAAGCCUGCUUGUGGAGGAUGUAAUCGUCAUAAUGUGCCAUGCGUCUAUCUCAAAACUGAAGCCUCCAAGACGGCGAGUGCUGAGAAUUCGCUGUCACCUCACGCAACCAUAUCUCCAGAUCAGCCUCAGCCAAAAGUCGCUAUCAGCCAGUCACGUCAGCGACGCUUGCUCGAGUUGCGCCUAUGGCACAACUACGUGACUGUUCUAGCCACUCCAUUCCACGCCGCCGCUCCAAAAACCGUUCUGAUUGAGAUCUGGAACAAUCACUUACCUCACAUUGCUAUGCGUCAUGACAAUUUGCUCUACACCAUUUACGCCUUCUCGGCCACAAAUCUAUUGCGCGACUCACCCGACGACAUGGAACUGCUUACUGCACAAAGGGUCUAUCUCAGUCUAGCUCUUCGUGAGCAGCGCAAAGCUGUCAUUCAGUUUUACACUCAAGCUGAGGAAGCCGACUCUCUCUGCUUCACCUCCAUCAUGAUGACCAUGAAUGCUUUCGGUGCCCUGCAGGAGCGUAAUCGAAACCCCUACAAGCCACCUACAGAUAUGUUGCGCUUAGGCAUAGGCGCAUGUGCCGUCUACGAAGAAGCUCUGAAAGGUGCUCGCAGGUUUCCUUCAUCCAAAAUCGUCACUUUCGUCGAGAAUCAGCCCUUCUACGUCAGCAUACCCAGAAUGUUCGAUGAGGAGCAUCGAGGGCCUUUCCUAGGUAUUCUGGGCCCCAAAAACGCACAAGGUGUCUACGAAGAUUCCGAACUCUGGAAUUUAGAGGCCAGAGAAGCUUACGAGUGUACUCUGAGUUACAUUGGCACCAUGUACACAGCCGUCUUGGAUGGCGAAUCGCUGCACCAGAUGUGCACCCGAAUCGCCGCUUUUGCGCUGUAUGUGCCCAAGAAGUUUGUGGACAUGGUCGAAGAAUUACGCCCAAGGGCUUUGGUCAUCUUGGCACAUUUCUUCUCAAUUGCUACCAAGGGAAGUGCUCAUUGGUGGGUCGGUCAAACACCCAUGCGAGAAGUCCAGGGAUUGAGAAGGAUUGUGCCCCAGGAAUGGCAACGACAUAUGCGAUGGCCACUU